GAGGCGGGCGGGCCGCCCGUGGCGGCGGGGUACGGCAGUGAUGGUGGUGGCGGUGCCGGCGGUGCCAUGAACGCGGAGCGGGACCUGGCGCCGCUGGCGCCCAGCGUGGUGCGGGCGCUGAACGACAAGCUGUACGAGAAGAGGAAAGUGGCGGCCCUCGAGAUCGAGAAGUGAGAAAGCGGCUGGUACGAGAGUUUGUGGCUCAGAACAACACAUCUCAAAUCAAGCAUGUGAUCCUGAUCCUGUCGCAGGAGUUUGCACUCUCCCAACACCCCCACAGCCGGAAAGGGGGACUCAUCGGCCUGGCUGCUUGUUCCAUUGCCUUGGGCAAGGACACACGGCAGUGCCAUCUCUGUCCUCUCCCCAUGGUUCUCAACUCACCAGUCUCCUUCUGUCCAUCAGGACUCUGGGCUCUACCUGAAGGAGCUGAUUGAACCAGUGCUGACGUGUUUCAACGAUGCUGAUAGUCGGCUGCGGUACUAUGCUUGUGAGGCCCUCUAUAACAUUGUGAAGGUGGCCAGAGGCUCUGUCCUCCCACACUUCAAUGUGCUCUUUGAUGGCCUCAGCAAGCUGGCUGCUGAUCCUGACCCAAAUGUCAAAAGUGGCUCUGAGCUCCUAGAUCGACUUCUCAAGGACAUCGUGACAGAGAGUAACCAGUUUGACUUGGUAGGCUUCAUCCCGCUGCUGCGCGAGAGGAUUUACUCCAACAACCAAUAUGCCCGUCAGUUCAUCAUAUCCUGGAUCCUGGUCUUAGAGUCUGUGCCUGACAUCAACCUUUUGGAUUACCUGCCAGAAAUCCUGGAUGGGCUCUUCCAGAUCCUGGGAGACAACAGUAAAGAGAUACGGAAAAUGUGUGAGGUGGCUCUUGGGGAGUUCCUCAAGGAGAUCAAGAAGAAUCCCUCUAGUGUCAAGUUUGCAGAAAUGGCCAAUAUCCUGGUGAUCCACUGCCAGGCUGCAGAUGACCUGAUCCAGCUGACUGCCAUGUGCUGGAUGAGGGAGUUCAUCCAGCUGGCUGGCCGAGUGAUGCUGCCUUAUUCCUCAGGGAUCCUGACUGCUGUCCUGCCAUGUCUCUCCUAUGAUGAUCGCAAGAAGAACAUCAAAGAGGUGGCAAACGUGUGCAACCAGAGUCUGAUGAAGCUUGUCAUCCCAGAGGACGAUGAAAUGGAUGAGGCCAAGCAGUCAAUAACCCUGUCAGCAGAGCCCAACCCAGAAGAGCCCGUCUCCAAGCCAGAGGCAGCAUCCACUGGCUCUCUGGAUGUGUCUGGUGACUCCAGCGUGAGCAACGCCAGUGUCUGCACAGUAACCAGCUCUGAGAGAAUUCAGGUGACACUCAACCUGGAUGGAAUAGUUCAGGUGUUGGAUUGCCACCUUCAUGAUACAUCCAUUGGGAUGAUGACCAGAAUUGCAGUCCUGAAAUGGCUCUAUCACCUGUACAUCAAGACUCCUCGUAAGAUGUUCCGACACACCGACAGCCUCUUCCCCAUCUUGCUGCGGACCCUCUCAGAUGAAUCAGAUGAGGUUAUCCUCAAGGACCUGGAAGUGCUGGCUGAGAUCGCCUCUUCUCCAGCAGGACAGACAGAGGGAUACGGCCCCUCCGAGGCUGCAGAGCCACGACCCGGCCAGGUGGAGCUCCACGUCCCCAUCCGAAACAGCCAGCUGAGCUCCUCAGGACCUAAAGGCUUGGAGUGCUCUCCCUCCACCCCCACCAUGAACUCCUACUUCUACAAGUUCAUGAUCAACCUGCUCAAGAGGUUCAGCAGUGAGCGGAAACUCCUGGAGACCAGAGGAGCCUUCAUCAUCAGGCAGCUCUGUCUGCUUCUGAACGCGGAGAACAUCUUCCACUCCAUGGCGGACAUCCUGCUGCGGGAGGAGGACCUCAAGUUUGCCUCCACCAUGGUGCACACACUGAACACCAUCCUGCUCACCUCCUCCGAGCUCUUCCAGCUGAGGAACCAGCUGAAGGACCUGAGGACACCGGAGAGCCGCAACCUGUUCUGCUGCCUGUACCGCUCCUGGUGCCACAACCCAGUGACCACCGUGUCCCUCUGCUUCCUCACCCAGAACUACAAGCACGCCUACGACCUCAUCCAGAAGUUCGGGGACCUGGAGGUCACGGUGGACUUCCUGACAGAGGUGGACAAGCUGGUGCAGCUCAUCGAGUGCCCCAUAUUCACAUACCUGCGCCUGCAGCUGCUGGACGUGAAGAACAACCCCUACCUGAUCAAGGCACUCUACGGGCUGCUGAUGCUGCUGCCCCAGAGCAGCGCCUUCCAGCUGCUGUCCCACCGCUUGCAGUGUGUCCCCAACCCGGAGCUCAUGCAGAGCGCGGACGGCAGCAGGGCGAGCGCGAGCUCCCGCAGGCCGGCGUCCUCCACCAUCGACUACACGGAGCUGCUGCAGCACUUCGACAAGGUCCAGAGCAAGCACCUGGAAGUGCGGCACCAGCGGGCGGGGCGGGCAGAGCAGCCGGAGCGACGCGUGGUGCUCUGAGCACGGGGACGAGGGAACACGGACCAGGGCACGGGGACGGCGGAGACGCCGGUGCUUUUAGGGCAGAGGGGGCGGGGUUUUCCCCUCCGUGUCUGUGCGGGGGACCCCAGGCUGUGCCCGGCGUCGUGCUUGGAAGCUGCGGGAGGAGAGGGAGCGGGGAAGGCACGGUGUCUUCUCUUGCAAUAGGGUGAGCAGACUUUGCUUCGCUAAUGCCUUCCCCGUGACCAUCAGCUGAGUGCCCGGCCUCCUGCCAGCGGGACCGGAGGGGAAGAAACGCACGGGGAAGGGAAGGAGGGAGCAAAGUGGGUCCUCCCCACUGGGAAGGGAGCGGGGCGGUGUCCCGGCACCCCGAGCCCCCCUUUCUUAGCCAGAGGCUCAGCCUCAUCCCGGUGCCGGGCGGAGGAGAGCCCUCACUCCACGCAUCCCUUCUUUGUUCCUAUCCUAAGCUCCCUGCCAUCAAAUAAAAAGAACGAUGCAGAGCA